GAGGUGCUGAAACAGCUACAAGGAAGUAUUGAAGAUGAGGCAAUGGCGUCUUCUGGACAAAUUGACUUACUGGAGCGACUUAAAGAACUGAACUUGGAAAAUACCAACUUCCCUGGAGUGAAGUUGAGGCCAAAGGUGUCUGUGCGUUCAUAUGGGAGUCGGGAAGGGUCUGUAUCAAGCCGUUCAGGAGAGUGCAGUCCUGUUCCCAUGGGAUCAUUUCCAAGAAGAGGAUUUAUGAAUGGAAGCAGAGAAAGCACUGGUUAUUUAGAAGAGCUAGAAAAAGAGAGGUAA